CUGGCUAGAAGUUGAAUAAACCAUAAAAGAUAGUACUUUAGCGUAUUCGGUUAGUGUUGUUGAUCAAUCAGUUAUAUUAUAUAUAUCUAGUGUUGGUACUUUUGAAAGUAGAGUAACGUAUUUAAACUAUUUGUAAGAUAGACAAUAGAUUUAAUUGUUCAGAUUCACAAUGGCAGAACCACGAAACAUUGUCAUUGCAAUGGAUGAGAGCCACCAUUCUGAUGACGCCUUCCAGUUCUUUAUGAAAAAUGUGUACAAGCCCCAUGACCAUGUGAUCCUUCUGUAUGUCCCAGAAUACCACACAGUCAUCCAAUCACCUAUGGUGAUGACAGAUGUCAGUGUCGUCACCGAUCUCCUGCAAGAUGAGGAAAAAAGAAUAAAAGGCUUCUUGGAACAGCUGGGUCAGAAACUGAAGGCUGCCGGAAUUGGGGGUAAAGUGAAAAGUGUUGGAGGCAGUCCUGGAGAGGUUGUGGUUAAAGUCGCCAACGAAGAGAAAGCUCAUCUCAUUGUCAUUGGCUCACGAGGCAUGGGCACCAUCCGUCGCACGUUGAUUGGCAGUGUCAGCGACUAUGUCAUGCACCACUCUCACAUCCCUGUCCUGGUGUGCAAGCACCCUGAUGCCCACAAGCACUAGGCAUGAGUUUCAUUGGACAUAUUUUCCCCCCUUAAGCUGACCAAAGUAAACUUUAUAUUUAUAUAACAUGAUUGAAAAUAUAUUCACUAUGUUGCCCAUUAAACUGGUUGCUACAGAAACAAAUAUUUCCAUCAGGUAUUGUGUGUUUUGUCUAUUUGUUAAAGCAGACUUUUUAUUAUUUUUUUUUUUUUGGUUCUUUUUUACCCUGAUUGCUUUUUAGUAUACUAGUACCAAUCUACCUGAUGAAAAAAAAAGUUUCUUGGGAUUGUUUUGCCACUAGGUCAAGCUACACUAUAGGAGUUGUAAUCACAUUAGAUCAAUUUAUGCAGUAUUGUUGCACACAUUUUUGCAUUGCAUUGCAUCUGGCUGAAAUUUUCUUUGUAUAAUUUUCUUGGUAUAUCUUAUAGCAUCUUAUAUUCUGAUGAAAAAAAAAAGUUAGCUUGUCAGAAAUAAAAAAUUGGAAUUCAGUUAAUGUUUAAGGUAUAGUAAAAAGUAUGUGUGAAAUCUUUGAUCUUUCAAAAACAAAUAAAAGUCUAAUUAGUUCAAACUUUAUAUCUUAACACUUGACCUAAUUGUGAGAUGUCCAUAAUCUUUGAACUGUGAAAAAGUCUUUGUAGAGAUAUGUUUUAAACAGAUUGUGAUCAUGAACUUUAUGUUCAGUAUUAUGCAUUUUGUUCAUUGUUCGAUUCUCAUUCAUGGCUUUAUUUUAAAAAAUCUAUUUGUAUUCAUUUCUUUAACACCAAUAGUCCACUUUUUCUUCUGCUCAAUGCCUCGGUAACUACUUAUUUGUGAAAAACAACUUUUUUCUUGACUUAUGUUUAUUUGCAUUUAUUUCAUUCUGAAACUGGUCAUUAAAACUUUAUUGGUAAUAACUGCUUAUCUUAAAGAAUCAGUUUUUGAUAAUGUAGGUUAAAUUGUAGCAUUUCAUUAUGUACAUAACUUUUUUAACUGUCUAAAAUUUGUAUACAUAAUUUCGUUUAAAUCGCUUCUCUUUAUUCAAUUAGCAUUUUCUAAAGUUAUCUCUGUGCAAUCUAGAGAGCUCAGGUACUAUAAACAUUGUUGAAAAGAAUCCCCUUGUGACGUUUAAAAGUAAAUUGAUUUUGGGUGCACAGUUUCUUACUAUCAAGGCUGCAAAAUAAGAGGCUAACUGUUCAUGUUUUGAGAGGUCAAAAUAUCCUUAGAGCAAUAUCUUUUUUUUAAUGCCUUUCAUUAUUGGCUAAGUUAUAGAGUAAUACUUUUUUUUUUUGAAAGUGCCUUUAAAAAAAUGUUAAAAUGUCCAGAAUUCAGUGCAUUACCAGAGAACAUUGCAUCUUUUCAGAACAGAUCAGAUACAGUGAAAAAAAACAAAACACCAUUUCUAGUCACAUUGUGCUAAAUUACUGGUGUGUACCAAAUGGUGAGGCUCAACACUGGAUGAAAGGUUUUCACAUUUUUGUUAGCUAAUGUUAGCUUGAAUCCUUCCAUGUCCAGUUCUACAAUGAGUUUGUAAAGAUGUUCUAGUGAUCCACAUGUAGCAAUAAAUGACUGGCUAAGACUGCUCUUGGGAUUAGAAGUCUCUGGUGUCACUGUUAACUUGAACAUAAACAGAUAUCUGUUUCAAACAGAGCCGACCUACGAGGCAAGUUAUCCAGUGACACCUCUCAAUACAUUGAUCAACUCCAUACCUAGAGGAGCUAGUCAGUGACAUUCCUAUUUAUUAUUCCAUUUUUUAAAAUUACUUUUCUUUCGUUUUUUUAAAUAUACAUUUAGCCUAUUGUUAUUAUUAAGAAUCUUUUGUUGUCUUCUGUGACAUGAUGAAAGAUGUAAAAACAUGUUCUGUGUUUGUAUGCAUGCUCUAAGGGGAUUAUGGCCAUUCUUUGUAACAAGCAAACCAUAAUUAAACAGAUGUUUGUUCAUUUGAUUGUGUAUAAAAAAUAGAGACCUGGGCCACUUUGUGUGUGUCAGGUAAAUUUUUUUUUAUCAUUAAAGGAUAUUUUUUUCUCUCUAUUAUGUAAUCACUUGUAUAAACUGAUACAUUAUGAGGUUUAAUCCAAAUGUGAUGUUUAAGAUGUUAACAGGAAUAAAUGAUUUUUACUGAA